AUGGACUUGAGUUCUGUCUCAUGGAAUGGAGAGAAGGUGGUCUUGAGGACCAAUUCUCAAUGGCAACCUUGGUAUGCUGCGCUGAGGCGGUAUGCGAAGACUCUCGACGUCUGGGAAUAUUGUAAUCCCGAGAUCGCGAGAGCAGACCAUCCUGAACCCCCUAGGGAGCCCGCCAUGCCGGAACCCCCACAAUUCGACCCCGGAGAGGCCACUGGAGCGGCUUUACGGGCCCUAAAGGAGGAAUUCAAGGAGGAGAAGGCUGCUUGGAGAGACGAUAUGGAGAUAUAUAAGCUCUCCCUGGCUAAGCAGCAGAGGAUCCGGAAGGGCAUGCAGCUAGUUGACCAGGCGCUACUGGUAUCAGUUGAUAUUAAGCUACACCAGCUGAUGGACCGCCUGGACGCUCCGUAUGACCGCUUACGGUUCCUAAUGAGGCGAUUUUCCCAUACCCAGUCGCAUAAGAUGGAGGUUAUGGUGAGGUGGAGAGAGCAGCAUAUGAAGGGCCCGAAGAGGGGUCAGAAUGUGCUACAGUGGCUAGACGAGUGGGAUCUGCUGCGCGAGGAGGUUCUGAGCCUUGGAAUUGAGCCUGAUAACCUCCAUCCGGCGCUGUUCUUACAGGCAAUUAAGGACGUCAUGCCCGUAUGGUGGGAUACUCGCUUCCAGCAGAUCGUGAUCCAGGGCCAGCCUACUAGCAUGUCCACGCUACUAGACUCCUUCCGUACAACCUAUGUAGAGACGAGAAAGGCACGAGGAGGCGUCUCGGAGACGUCUAGCUCGAGCUCUAAGCCGGCGUUUGCCACGUCGACCUGGCAGGGCUAUAAGGAGGCAAAACCAGUCAAAAACGGCAAAUUCGUGCCCUUCCAGGAGCGGCAGAGGUGCCCAUGUGGCGGACGAGGUCACCCCGCCAUUAAGUGCUGGACCCUGAAUGAGGCUAUUCGACCAGUUGGAUGGGAGCCGUAUCAGGCACGUCUAGAUGCGGUAAGCGAGGCCUUCGACAAGGAGCCUGCAUGGAAGACCUGGAUUGAGGCGAAAAUAGGCGAGAAUUCCAGCAGCGAGUCGUCUACGGAGAAGACGGCGAACCACACGACCCAUCAGGUGGCGUAUGCAACUGCAUUAUCGAUAUACGAAGACCACCAUCAGACCCAGUGGAUCCUGGACUCGGGUGCUAGCGUGCACGUGUGCAACGACCGUUCCAUGUUCACGGAAUAUCGUGACAGCAUAUCCUCGCUUAAGACUGGAGACAGCAAGACGCCUACGAUCGGUAUCGGGACGGUGGUUAUGGAUGGAGUCAACCCAGUCACAAGGAUGACGUGUAAGGUGACGCUAUCUGAGUGCCAAUAUGCACCUACUUUUCCGUGCAACCUAGUCUCGCUUGGACGACUGGAGAAGAAAGGAUCCUGGUGGGAUAUGCGGAAAGGGCAUAUAAUACGGAAUGGAGAGGCAGUUCUCGAGGUCUACCGAGAACGGGACAUCUACGUCUUUUCCAAACCAGAAAUGAAGCUUUCUGGGCCCACACCACACGUACGUCUAGGACACGUCUAUCAAGGUGCUAUCCAGCAGCUACCGGAGCUAGUCAAUGGGGUGAAGAUUGCGUCUGGGGAAGAGCGACCGGACGGACCGGAUAAUAAAAUGACAAUGGGAUAUAACCAGCACUGCUGGAUAACGCAUUUCUACGUGGAAGGCAUACGGUUCCACUGGAGUAUGACUCAUACGAGCAAGAACGGCUGUCAGGAAGCUAUUCAGAGCUUUAUAGCCUUCGCUAUCAAGUGGCUACAGCUACCGAUUAAGGUAUGGCACUCGGAUAAUGAGAAGACCGUGGAUGACCGGAUCCAUAAGCUCCUAGACGAUAUGGGCUUUAUCCACACGUUUACAGUUCCAUAUUCCCUGGAGAUGAACGGGCCGGGAGAGCGGUCUGGCGGUGUGCUGACGCUCCGAGCUCGAGCUCUCAUCAAGGAAGGUAAGCUGCCGGAUAAGCUCUGGCCUGAGGCUGUUGCAGCAGCUGUAUAUCUGCUGAAUCGGACGCCGACGAGGCUGGAAAAUGGGUCAUGGAUAGUGCCGUGGGAGGAAGCACGGAGAUUCGGCCUAAAUGAGCAGGUGACGGAUACUGAAUUAACUGAUGAGGCUCUAGGACUAUCUCCGACGGCAGGGGGUGCAGACGACGCGCAGGACCCGGCCAAGGAUGUGCUAGACACCUCACCACCUACCAACGGAGAUAGUCCUGAGCAGGAUGAGAUACAGGACUUGAAUCGUACAAAUAUUGAGGAGAAGGCUCCAUACGGACAGGAAAAUACGACAUGGACCCCACCACGGUCUCUAGGCGCGGAUUCUGCCGCAGAUCAGGGGGUGGGGAUAGAAGAGGAGGAAAAUGAGGGGUAUAGCGGGGAUCUGACGCUAGAAACCCCUGUUUCGAUGCUAGAAGGGAGCUCACCGGCCCGGACGGACCCGGAUGAGGCCGUAGACGAGGUCGAAGACGUGGACCGGGCAGCUCUAGAUAUCGGCAAUAUCGUGAACGGCCCGAGGGUGCGCAGACAGCGGCGAGACGAGGAUUUUGCCUAUAAGACGACGACGUCAGCAGAUGGUGAUACUACGCGUUCGCAACUGGUCUAUUCGCACCUAAGCCCUCGUACUGGCAACAUAGAGACGAUCUUCCACCACCACCAGACAGAUUCAGAGACGUCUGGAAGCACCCGCUAA